CCUUCCGCUCCGCUCUCCCACCGCGGGGCUGAAUGGCCGACCGCGCCGCCGCGGGUGUGGAGGAGGCAGUUGGGCGCCGCGAGCCCAGGUGACUCGCCCAUCUCCAGUCUGAACCCCUCGGCCCGGGCGACCCCGCCGGCCUGAGCUCUUUCCUGGCGGCCGCGGCUCCUUCCCUGGGACAAUAUGUUUAAAAGAAUGGCGGAAUUUGGGCCUGACUCCGGCGGGAGAGUGAAGGGGGUUACCAUCGUUAAGCCAAUAGUCUAUGGUAAUGUUGCCCGAUAUUUUGGGAAGAAAAGAGAAGAAGAUGGACACACCCACCAGUGGACAGUAUACGUGAAACCAUAUAGAAAUGAGGAUAUGUCAGCGUAUGUGAAGAAAAUCCAGUUUAAAUUACAUGAAAGCUAUGGCAAUCCUUUAAGAGUCGUUACUAAGCCGCCCUAUGAAAUUACUGAAACAGGAUGGGGUGAAUUUGAAAUAAUCAUCAAAAUAUUUUUCAUCGAUCCUAAUGAAAGACCUGUGACCCUGUAUCACUUACUGAAGCUCUUCCAGUCUGACACCAAUGCGAUGCUGGGCAAGAAGACGGUCGUUUCUGAAUUCUACGAUGAAAUGAUAUUUCAAGACCCAACAGCAAUGAUGCAACAACUGCUGACCACGUCUCGCCAGCUGACGUUAGGAGCCUAUAAACAUGAGACUGAAUUCGCAGAACUUGAAGUGAAAACCAGAGAAAAAUUAGAAGCUGCUAAGAAGAAAACAAGCUUUGAAAUUGCGGAGCUUAAGGAAAGAUUAAAAGCAAGUCGUGAAACUAUAAAUUGUCUGAAAAAUGAAAUCAGAAAACUUGAAGAAGAUGAUCAGACAAAAGACAUAUGAGUGACUGGCAGGAAGUUCAGCCAGAAGCAGGCGGGUGCCGCAGGAGGACAGACAUGGUGCAGGCUGUGAUGUUCGUGGGGAGCCGCGUGGGCGUUAGCCAGCUGUGAUUUCAGCAGUGAAGUCCGAGUACUCUGACUGCUCAAGCGUCUCUCCUGGGCGGUCCGUCUGUUCUGAGAGUUGAUGCUGUGUGGCAUUCCAUGAUUAAGCACAACUUUUAAAGUUUUUAUUUUGCUCUUGUUUUUUAAUUAGGACUAUAGUUUAUUUUCCUUUAUGCAAGCAUCCAAAUUUUGUUACAAAGUCUAACGUGUACAUAUUUUAUACUUGUGUAUUAGUACUAAGGAGAACUAGUGUGUGUAUUUAAUUCCUCUGGUUCCUGCCUGCCUACCCCAUUCUACCUCUUUUGUGGACGAUGUAUCUGGUAAGUAUUCAAUAAAUGUACUUUCCUGCAGUUAUGUCUGCCUCCUAUGACUUCUCCAGGACUUUUCCACCAUGUAAUUUUAAAUAAAUAUUUGGGUUUUUUUCUUUCU